AACAAAUUCUCGCCAAAUUCAUCGCCCUGAGCUUCAACGCCAAUUGCCGUGUUUGCCUUUUCAAUUGAUCAACAUUGACCAUGUCUUACGCCGACGCUGCUGCAAAGGGGGCCAGACAGACCCCUGAAGAGGCCGCCGCCCCUCAACAACCCGAAAUCAUCCCCAGUGAAUCCGCCUCCACAGCAUCUCUCAUCGACGUCGACAUGCCCAGCGUCCACACCGUCCGAUCCGACUUUCUCGAGCAGGACAUCCAAACGGAAACCCAAGCCGAGCGCAUCAGACGCGAGGAAGAAGCCGCCCGCGCCAACCAGGCCGCCAAGAAAAAGGCCGCCGGCAAGGCCAGAAAGGCCGACUCCUGGGUCACGCGCCAGUUCUCCCAGCUCUCCGACAGCAGCGUCACUGCCAUUGCCAUUGCCAAUUUCUUUGGCGUCGUGGGAGUGAGCGGCUUCUUGGGGUAUCGCGCGUGGGGUUUGUAUGAGAAGAGUCGGCUGGACUGGAAGCAUGUGGGCGUUGGGUUUGGAGUUUUGGCUGCUGUUGGGGCUGUGGAGGCGGUGCUUGGACGUUAUCUGUACAAGAGCAAGGAGCGAGAUUCUUCAUGAAGAGCAAUGCCAUGGUCAAAGAUUGAAUUUCGGUGAUGACUACUUUUCCUGUUUUUGGUGUGGGCGUUUGGUUU